GCGGGCACCGGGUCAUCUGGCGCUGGAUCGUCUGGCUCGACAGCGGGCAUCGGGUCACCAGGCAUGACAGCAGGCACUGGGUCAUCAGGUACCAGAUCGUCUGGAUCGACAGUGGGCACCGGGUCAUCUGGCGCUGGAUCGUCUGGCUCGACAGCGGGCAUCGGGUCACCAGACAUUGGAUCGUCUGGCUGGACAGCGGGCAUCGGGUCACCAGGCAUCAGGUCAUUUGGCACGACAGCGGGCACUGGGUCAUCAGGCGUGAUAGGAUCAUCAGGCUGGAUC